AAAUCAUAAAGUACCCAGCACUCAGCAGUCAGCAGUACCCACAUACAUGUAAACAAUUUUAUUGUUAUCAAUAAUUUUUAGGUUGUGACUUGUGUUUAAAUUUUACAUUUCCUAAUUAUUCAUUUAAUGAACAAAUAAGGAGGCCGUGAAAAUGAUGGAAGUUUGCAUCGACAGCCUAGAAUCAGCCUAUAACGCGAUAAAGGGUGGAGCAGAUGAGUUGGAGAUAUGUAGUUCCCUGGUAGAAGGUGGUCUUACACCCUCACCUGGGCUUGUGCUAGAAAUCAUGAAAUUGGUAAAAAGUCAAUUUGCUAUCGAUAAGACUCUAAUGUCUAAGCCAAAAGUGAAUGUGAUGAUAAGAUGUAGAGGAGGAUCUGACUUUGGUUACUCUGAUCAAGAAAUGAAUACUAUGCUAGCCGAUAUUGAAGUUUACAAAAGCUUUGGUGUUGACAGAUUUGUUUUUGGAGCUCUUACAGAAAGACAGGAAAUAGAUGCAACAAAUUGUGCAAGAAUAAUUGAUAAAGCAAAUCCUAUACCUGUGACAUUUCAUAGAGCUUUUGAUCUAUGUGUGAAUCCUAUAAAAGCUAUUGAAGAUAUUGUAGCACUUGGUUUUACAAGACUCUUAACAAGCGGGCAACAGAUUUCAGCUGAUAAUGCUAAGGCUGUAGAACUCCUUACAUUCCUAUUAAAAAAUUUCAGUAGUAAGAUAGAGAUUAUGCCUGGUGCAGGUAUUAACUGUGAUAAUGCACGCAAAUUUGUUGAUAUUGGAUUCAACAUUAUUCACAGUUCAUGUAAAAGAACAAGGAAUUUACCUGAAGUAGGUAAUUUGUGUAUGGGCAGUAAUGUAGUAUAUGUGACUGAUGAAAUCAUAGUACGAGAGAUGAAGAAAAUUAUAAAGCCAAGUUGAGAUUAUUAAAUAAUUUGAAGGCAAACUA